GCAGUCUCGCCUGUCAACCAAUAGUGUUCCAAUCUGUCCAGAGAUAAAGUCAGAGCAGCUGGAGAGGAGUGAAGUGAAGUGAAGUGAAGUGAAGUGGAGGAUUUCAGACCUGAGCAGCACCGAAACACCAACUGAAGGACAGUUAAAACACAAAAACAUGCCGAGGUCUUUCCUGGUGAAGAGUAAACGGGCCCACAGCUACCACCAGCCCCGCUACCUGGAAGAUGACUACAGCAGACUGGACACUAUUCUGGCACACGUGUGCGCAGAGACCAAAUCUCAGGCGGAGUUCAGUUUGGAGCCGCAGCAGGAUGUGAGCGCCGGCGCUGACAGACUGUCCCCCGGGUCCAGGCUGCUGUCCCCGGGGUCGCUGUCCUCCAGCUCCCCGCUGAGCUGCGGAGGCAGCGUGUGUGACAGAUCCUCCGACUGUGAUUUCUGGCGUCCCCCGUCUCCCUCCUCCUCACCAGAUUCAGAGAACUGCUCCACUCCUGCAGCGGAGGACUCCCACCACUUCAACAUCCCGCUCUUCCCUUACUCCUGGACGGCGUACUCCGGCUCCGAGCUGAGGCAUCUGGUUCAGGGGCCGUAUCACCGCCACACGCAGGGUCACAGGGAGCCUCACUCACCCGUCAGCUUGUACGGUGCAGAGGACAGCGGCACCGAGCCGCUUUACGCACAGCGGGGCCCGGUGACUGGGUGCUACCAGGACUUUUCUUCAACGGGCCACCAAAUCUGCAGGAUGCGGGAUGGAGACGAGUUGUAUGUGGAUGUAAAGCAGAAGCCCCGCGGGGCGGAGAUCAAGUCUGAGAAUGAUUUUAUUUGCUCUAAAAUGGAGUCAAGUGGAUCCUAUAAGUGCAUUAAAUGUUGCAAGGUGUUCUCCACGCCUCACGGGUUGGAGGUUCACGUGCGCCGGUCGCAUAGCGGGACGCGGCCGUUUGAGUGCGGGAUCUGCGGGAAAACUUUCGGACACGCAGUGAGCCUGGAUCAGCACAGAGCGGUGCACUCGCAGGAGAGGAGUUUCAGCUGUAAAAUCUGCGGCAAAAGCUUCAAGCGCUCCUCUACGCUGUCCACGCACCUGCUCAUCCACUCGGACACGCGGCCUUAUCCGUGCCAGUACUGCGGGAAGAGGUUCCACCAAAAGUCAGAUAUGAAAAAGCACACUUUCAUCCACACAGGUGAGAAGCCGCACAAGUGUCAGGUGUGCGGUAAGGCCUUCAGUCAGAGCUCCAACCUCAUCACGCACAGCAGGAAACACACGGGAUUCAAACCUUUCGGCUGCGACCUCUGCGGGAAAGGUUUCCAGAGGAAGGUGGACCUGAGGAGACACAAGGAGACGCAGCACGGACUCAAAUAGAGCAUGAAAUCCUGCACUUUUAAUGUAUUCUGACUAUUCAUACGGUCGCGUUUUAUUUUAUUCUAUUGUUUGUUGCAUUGCCUUAUUUUUUUUCCUAUUGUUGAAUGUAGUUAAUUAUUUAGCCUGAGAUAUUCUGGUUGAAUUUAUGGGAAUAAACGUUUAUUUAUCGAGUAUGUUUUUAUUAUUAUUAUUGUUGUGAAAAAAAAUAUAUUAUUAUUAAUGUGAGAAGAAAAUGUAGGCUGUAAAUAGUGAAUCAAUGUGGCUGAAUAUUUUAAAAAUAAUUUCUCAAAUUAAUUAUCACUUUUA